AAGAACCUCCAGAAGCCACCAAAAAACGCCGAAAUACCAAGAAUCCAGAAAGAACCUCCAAAAAAUUGUUUGAAGAACCUUCAAAAGCUAUCAAAAAAUGCCAGAAGCACCAAGAAUCUAGAAAGAACUUUCAAAAAUCAUCAGAAGAACCUCCAAAAGCCACCAAAAAAAUGCCGAAAAUACUAAGAAUCCAGAAAGAAAAAGAACCUCUAAGAACAUCCAAAAUUCUAAAAAAUGCCAGAAGUACUGAGAAUCUAGAAAGAAACACCAAAAAGUCAUCAGAAGAACCUCCAAAAGCUGCCAAAAAACGCCGAAAGUACAAAGAAUCCAGAAAAAACCUCCAAACGUCAUCAGAAGAACCUCUAAAAGCCACCAAAAAUGCCGGAAAUACCAAAAAUCCAGAAAGAACCUCUAAAAAAUCGUCAGAAGAACCUUCAAAAGCCACAAAAAACGCUGGAAAUAUCAAAAAUCCAGAAAAAACUUCUAAAAAAGAACCUCUAAAAUUUACUAAAAAACGCCGGAAGUAUCAAGAUUCCGAGAAAGAAGAAUAUCCAAAAUUCGUCAAAAAAAAUGCCGGAAGUACCAAGAAUCCAAAAAGAAACACCAAAAGGUUAUCAGAAGAACCUUCAAAAGCCACCAAAAAAAUGCUGAAAAUACCAAGAAUCCAGAAAGAAUCUCCAAAAAGUCGUCAGAAGAACCUCCAAAAUUCGCUAAAAAAUGCCAGAGGUACCAAGAAUCCAGAGAGAACUUCUAAAAAUAACCAAAAUCCAUUAAAAACCGCCAGAAGUACUGAGAAUUCAGAAAGAAACACCAAAAAAUUGUCAGAAGAACCUCAAAAAGCUACCAAAAAACGCCAGAAGUGCCAAAGAACCUAUCAGAAGAAACUCCAAAAAAUCCAGAAAGAACCACCAAAAAGUUAUCAGAAGAACCUUCAAAAGCCACCAAAAAACACCAGAAGCACCAAGAAUCCAGAAAGAAACACCAAAAAGUCAUCAGUAGAACCUCCAAAUAACACUGGAAAUAUAAAGAAUCCACCAAAAAGUCAUCAGAAGAACCUCCAAAAACCGCCGGAAGCACCAAAUGAACCUCCAAAAAAAACGCCAAAAAGUGCUGAAAAAGAACCUCUAAAUUUCGCCAAAAAACGCCAGAAGUACCAAGAAUCCAGAAAAAAAAACACCAAAAAGUCGUCAGAAGAAGCUCCAAAAAAAGAAACACCAAAAGGUCAUCAGAGGAACCUCCAAAAGCCGCCAAAAAACGCUGGAAGUACCAAGAAUCCAGAAAGAACUUCCAAAAAAGAACCUCCAAAAGCCACCAAAGAAUGUCAGAAGUACCAAAAAAUCUUCAAAAAAUCAUCAGAAGAACACACCAAAAAGAACUAG